GCUCGCCGCAGCUGCUGCGCCCCCCGGACGCUCUCGCCCGACCCGGGGGCCGGCCGACCGGGGACCGGCGGAGGGCGGAGGGCGGAGGACGCCGGCCGCGCCUGGCCGGAGGCGGGGUGCGGGGAGUGGAGCGCAGCGGGCCGGGGCGCGGGCGCCCAGGGGUCCCGGCGCGGGGGCGUUGGGCGCAGGCAGGGCCAGGCGCGCCGAGGACCCCGGGACCCGGCCGGGCUGAGGCCCCCUGCUGCCGCCCCCAGGCAGGCCUCUGUGCUUGCUUGCUCAGCUUAAGACACAAGUCACGUGGCACCGCUCUUCCUCGGAGCAGCACAGGCUGCCAUGGGCUCCGUGGGCAGCCAGCGCCUCCAGGAGCCCAGCACGGCGGGCACACCGCACGGGAGCAUGGUGAUGAGCUUCAGCUUCGACAGCGGGCAGCUGGAGGAGGCGGCAGCUCGGGCCCAGGGCGGCAGGGCCAGGGGUAUCCCCAUCGUCACGGAGUCUGAGGAGACGGUGCCCGAUGACCGCUACCACGCCAUCUACUUCGCGAUGCUGCUGGCUGGCGUGGGCUUCCUGCUGCCAUACAACAGCUUCAUCACCGACGUGGACUACCUGCACCACAAAUACCCAGGGACUUCCAUUGUGUUUGACCUGAGCCUCACGUACAUCUUGGUGGCCCUGGUGGCCGUCCUCCUGAACAACGUGCUGGUGGAGAGACUGAGCCUGCACACCAGGAUCACCGCGGGCUACCUCCUAGCCUUGGGCCCCCUCCUCUUCAUCAGCAUCUGCGACGUGUGGCUGCAGCUCUUCUCUCGUGACCAGGCUUACGCCAUCAACCUGGCCGCGGUGGGCACCGUGGCCUUCGGCUGCACAGUGCAGCAAUCCAGCUUCUAUGGGUACACGGGGAUGCUGCCCAAAAGGUACACGCAGGGGGUGAUGACGGGGGAAAGCACGGCGGGCGUGAUGGUCUCCCUGAGCCGCAUCCUCACCAAGCUGCUGCUGCCGGACGAGCGCGGCGGCACCCUCAUCUUCUUCCUCGUCUCCGCGGGCCUGGAGCUGCUCUGCUUCCUGCUGCACCUGCUAGUGAGGGGCAGCCGCUUCGUGCUCUACCACACCGCGCGGCCCCGCUGCGGCCGUCGGGGCAGGGCCGGCUACCGCGUGCACCACGACGUCGGCGCCGAGGACGUGCGCUUUGAGCACCAAGGCCCAGCCCUGGCAGAUGGCGGGUCCCCAAAGGACAGCCCAGCCCAUGAAGUGACCGGCGGCGGGGGAGCCUACACGCGCUUCGACGUGCCUCAGCCGAGAAUCCGGCGCAGCUGGCCCUCCUUCCGAGCCCUGCUGCUGCACCGCUACGUGGUGGCCCGCGUCAUCUGGGCCCACAUGCUGUCCAUCGCCGUGACCUAUUUCAUCACGCUGUGCCUGUUCCCGGGUCUUGAGUCCGAGAUCCGCCACUGCAUCCUGGGCGAGUGGCUGCCCAUCCUCAUCAUGGCCGUAUUCAACCUCUCGGACUUCGUGGGCAAGAUCCUGGCGGCGCUGCCCGUGGACUGGCGGGGCCCGCACCUGCUGGCCUGCUCCUGCCUCCGCGUCGUCUUCAUCCCCCUCUUCAUCCUGUGCGUCUACCCCAGCGGCACGCCCGCCCUCCGCCACCCGGCCUGGCCCUGCGUCCUCUCGCUGCUCAUGGGCAUCAGCAACGGCUACUUCGGCAGCGUGCCCAUGAUCCUGGCGGCCGGCAAAGUGAGCCCCAAGCAGCGGGAGCUGGCAGGAAACACCAUGACCGUGUCCUACAUGACGGGGCUGACGCUGGGCUCGGCCGUGGCCUACUGCACCUACAGCCUCACGCGGGACGCCCACAGCAGCUGCCUCCACCCCGCCGCUGCCAACGCCUCCCUCCCCGCCGGCCUCUGAGCCAGGCCCGGGCCCCCAGCCCUGCCCAGGGAGGGCCGCCGGGGCCCCCUCCCCACCCCUGCCGCAGUGCCUGCGGGGGCCCCGGCCUCCUCCCCGUGCCCAUGACGCCACCCUGUCCAGGCCCAGCUGCCGUCACUCCAGCCCCAGGGUUCUGCCAAGGUCUUGGAUGCCUGGGGGUGUUGCUGCCACCAGGGUCCCGCCAGCACUGUGGUCUGUGUCCCGCCUCACGCCCGCCCCCGCUGGGUCUGGUGGCCCCGGUGCUCUAUGGGGUCACUCACAGCUGUCCCCAUUUGGGAGAGCAGACCACCCGCCGGUGUCCCCUCCUGGCGACGGUCAUCUUGGGCUGCUGGGAGGGCCCCAUGGCCUCGACUACACUGUCGCUGCCCAGCACCUGACUCAGCACUUCCUUCACUGGGGACCCCUCCCCACCCGGUCACCCCGCAGGCCUCCGCCCUCUGCCCGUCCUUAGACUCUAGUUCUCCCACACUCAGCACCUUCUCUGGGAAGGAGCCGGGGCCCAAGCCUUGCGUCUGCAAGGUCUCAGACCACGGUCUGUCUGCGCUGGCCUUUCUGCAACCCCAGCUUUGGUGCCGACCUGGGUGCAGUCCCCAACCCCUGCCAGCCCCUCCCCAUGCACCCUGGUACCCACCUGAUGCCACAGGCCUGGGGAUCCCCAUUAGCUUCUCUGGACCUUCACCUGUCUGAUAAGGAGGGGGACAGUUUGGGGACACAAAGCAGGGCCCAUAGCCUGGCUGAAGUCAUGACCUAGACCUUGAACCCUGUCCAGGGAGGCCCACAGAGGGUCGGAUGUGCCCAGGAGUCCCUGGCAAAUGGGGAGGAAUGGGGGUCCCUCCAGAGCUCUAGGCUGGCUGGGCUGGGCGCCCCAGGCCGGGGGAGGGGACUCCUGGAGUGUCGCGUCAAAGAUGGGCUGCCCUCCCGCACCCACAGCCCCGCCGGGACCGCCCCUCUGUGUCCUGUCCACCGUCUGUCCACUAACUGUACCGCACUGGCCAUUAAAGGUGAAGGCAGAGCGCCUGCCCCACCACCGCGUCCAGGUAGCGUCUGUGCCGCCAUCUCUGCCCCUGGGGUGGGAGAAGGGGCCUUGGCGGGACGAGGCCCCCUGCCUGCCUGGGACCCCCAGUCUUCUGUCCACACACCUGGUAGGACGUGGUUGUGGGGAGGGGGUGGACAGUGGGGAUGGAGGCAGGAAGCAUUGGGGUUUUAUGGGUGCCUUGGUGCCCCUGUGGCCCUCAGGCGCUCAGGGGUAGUAGCUCUUCCUGAAGGGGGAGCGAGAGAGGGGAAGCAGCCAAGGCGGGGCUUCUGGGAUCAGGUCCUGGCUCUGUGGCUGUUCUAAGUCUCUUUCUCCAGGGAGUGGGGCUAGGUCCGUCUUGGACGUGGGUCCCUUCGAGGAGGGCUGGGCAGGAAGAGGCUGGUUGCCUGAGGGUGCCCUGUGCUCCAGACCAGCUGGCAAACUCAGAGACCCACCCACCUGGGACUCUCAGGCCGCCAGGUGGCCACAUGGGCAAAGAUCCUUUGCGGCGGUGCCAUAGGGGUCGCCCAGUGGCCCCAGCACACCGCUCCUCCUCCCCUGACUCUGGGUUUGGGGUGCGGGGCCACGCACUGCCUCGUGACUCAGUUUCUCUGGAAGGGUCGGAACCCCUCCCCUGGCCAGAUGCUGUGCGUCAUCGUCACACCGUCCCCUCUGCGCAGCCCGCAAACGGCAAAGCCAGAGUGCCAUCCAUGCCCAGUGCUCUGGGUCCUAGGGGGAAGCCCUGGGCUCAGGCCGAGCUGGCCUGGGCAGGAGGGCAGCGCCAGGACCCAGGUCCAGCAGGGUGCCACCCUAAUGUCUUGCAUUGACUCAGGACCCCUCGGGCCGCCGGCACCCUUGUCAGCUCUUCGAGUGUGGGUGUGGCUGGAGCG